GCACCGUUCAGAACCUGAGGAGGUUUGCGACGUUAGCUUUGUUCCGAGUUCAGCGUCGUUUCGGCCGAAGCGACCAGGAAGUGGCCGGUUAACCGUAGAGCUGGAGCGGGAGAUGACAACAAGCACCGGUGGCUUUAAACAAAGUUCGACUUAUUUUCGGCCACUGCUCGUCGUGAGAAAAGUCUAAAAUCCUUUUUCUUUUUUAACUGUUCGACCACACGGAGAAAAUAUGCAGAAAACCCUAAACUUUGAUCGCCUUAAAGGACCAUACCGGUGUCUUGUUCUGUUUUGGUUCGGUCUUUUUGGUUUUUUGUAAUUCAAUUAGCUGCAAGUCAGAAUAUUUACACCACUCACCAAACCAAAACAAAAAAAAAAACAAACUCACCAACGUGUGCGAGUCUGUUCGCAGACACUUGACUCGGUCUCGAGUUCCGGGGUCAACAUUUCAUCCCUGCGCGUUGGUAAAGCAACGAAACCGCAUCCCAGACCACGACAGACUUUGGGAACGGAUCAAAAACGUUAAAUAAAUCAGAUAAACUUCGCAACGUAUGUACAGGUGUCUCUGUUAUGCAGGUGUCCCACUGCCCAAACCGACCGCUGCGUGAUCGUGUAACAGUAAUUUUGUUUACGUUCACAGAUUCUCACCGAGAUGCAUCGUCUGCACACUGAAGGUCGCGUUUCGUCCCGCGUCUCUGUGCAGUCCUGAGCAGUCACUCGCUUUCCUAAAGUCUUAUCGUCCGUCCCUGUGUCCGGUUUCCCCCAGCUGCCAUGGCUCAGACCCCUCUCAGCGUGGACCCGGUCCAGUUCAGCUGCUCCAUCUGUCUAGAGCUCCUCAGAGAUCCAGUCACCAUCCCAUGUGGCCACAGCUACUGCAUGAGCUGCCUGACAGACUACUGGGACCGUCAGCAGGUCUGCAGCUGUCCACAGUGCAGAACCACCUUCAGUCCCAGGCCCACACUGGGCAGGAACACCCUGCUGGUAGAGAUGCUGCAGAGACUGGGCGCUGUCAGGCUGAGUGAGGGCCCCUCAGCUCCUCCUCUGUUUGAGGACCGGGGCUUUGAGCACGCCACCUUUGAUGUGUCCUCAGUGCGUCCCGAGAGGACGGACGGAGAGAGGCUUCUGGGGGGAACACGGAGACAUCUGGCCCAGCAAAUCCGAGAGAGGGAGCUGGAGCUUCAGCAGCUGAAACAAACUCUGCGAUCCUUCACUCGCCUGGCCAAAGCAGCGGUGAAGGACAGCAGCAGGAUCUUCUCGGAGCUGCUGGAGUUUUUGGAGCGGCGUCGCGUUGAAGUGAAGGAGCUCAUCAGAGCUCACGAGAAGGCCGAGGUGACCCGGGCCGAGAGCCAGCUGCAGCGUCUGGAGCAGCAGAUCGGAGAGCUGAGGAGGAGAGACGCCGAGCUGGAGAGACUGUCGCACACUCAGGACCGACACCUGAUCACACAGACGUGUCAGUCUUACUGCAGUCGGGUCCCUGCAGGAGCGACCAGCCCCCUGACGGUCAGCCCGCAUGUUUCCUUCGGGCCCGUGAGGAGAGCCGUCUCAGACCUGAAAGAGCAGCUACAGAGUCUCUAUCACCAAGAAUUCCCAAGUGUCACCUCUGCAGUGAAAACCGUAAACAUCCUGCAGAUGGAAAAGGACGACAGGGAGUCUGGUGAUUCUGCAUACAUUCCCGCUCUGGACAACAGAAAUGAUCUCCUUCAGUACUUCUGUUCGCUGUCUUUGGACCCGUUCACGGCACACAGGGAGCUUUCUCUGACCGAGGGGAACCGUGUGGUCAGCCGAACCGGAGAACUCCAGUCUUACCCAGACCACCCCGAUCGGUUUGACACCUGGGGUCAGGUGUUGUGCCGUGAGGGCCUAGAGGGCCGCCGCUACUGGGAGGCUGAGUGGGACGGACAACAGGUGGCACUGGGGCUCGCCUACGAGAGCAUCGGCAGAAAGGGAUCAUCCAAUGACUGCAGGCUGGGACACAACUCCCUCUCGUGGAGUCUCCGCUGCAGCCCAUCCUCCUUCGCCUUCUGCCACGGAAACGAGGCGGCCGCGGUGGUUCCCCCCGACUCGGUACCCCGCAGGAUCGGGGUGUUUCUGGACCACGACGCAGGACUGCUCUGCUUCUACGCGGUGACGCCCAGAGAAGUCCACCUCCUGCACAGGGUGAACACCAACUUCAAGCAGCCCCUCUACCCGGCAGUGUGGCUCGGAAACAAUUCUACCGUCACCCUCUGCGCCGUGGACUGAUGGAGCGCGGGCAUAAAGACACCUAGAUGCUGAUUGGUCGAUGACUCAGGUACUGACUAGAGCCCGACUGAUACAUCAGCUGCCUAGGAAACAUAUAUCAUUAUGUUCUGAAACGGCGUUUUCAGUCAUUGUAAUAAUCUGUAAAUAUGUCUCCUGUAGCUUGCAUCGUAUAGAUUAAAAAGAGGACAUGUAAAAGAAUAAAUGAAUAUAGAAAGAUAAAAUUUAACUGGGGCUUUCUUAAUGAUCCAAAAGAAUCAUUUAAUGUAGAUAAUGCAGACUGGACCACACCACAUUUAAUCUUAAAUAUACUCAAGCGUUGCUUAUUGUAGUUGAUCAGUCAGGCUCUAGUAUUGACGGUGUUCCUCCACUGAAAACUACUUGGAUGUUGUUAUAUCGUUGAUUAUCAGUGAAGGCUGGCCACGCCGUCACCAUGUAACACUUGAUACCUCUCUGACUGCUGUGCCCGGGAUCAGACCGGCGCGUUACCCUGUGUAAUGUGUCAUCUAUGGACACAACACUGACCGUCUCACAGGACAUGAGAGCUGUGUAGUCUGAUCCCUGCAUUAAUCAUUGUACUGAAAAUAUUAAGGGGUCAUUUCUCACCUACCUCCAGUGGUAUCCAGCCACGCAGACAGUUCUUCCUCAGCUUUUGAGACUUACAUCUGAGAUUUCUGCCUCCACCCCAUUGGGAGUAAAUGGAAUUUUGGUUUUGGUGCUGGCAACAGAAACAACAGACCUCACUCUCAACAGGAAGUGGUGGAUUAUCCGGAGUAACCGGGUCAUUGUGUUUCGGAAAGAGAUGUUGCUUUAAGUUUUUAAAUGCGAGGAUUUUAGCACCGCAAACAAAAUUCCUUUCACCUCCAUCGUUUUGGGCUGGAAGCAGAAAACCAAAACGAUCUGCGUGGCCAACAGAGGUAAGUGAGAAAAUGUUUUUGUCAUUCAAGUAUACUGACAUUAUAUAACCUGGGGUAAGAACGCUUGAGACACAGGAGCUUUAGUGCUGGAGUUGGUUUUUAUUAUUAU